UCGAAAUGGUGGCAACAUGUCCAAUGUGUCGGUGCGCUAUUCUGGCGGUUCUCCGGACCUCGUGGACUGAUUCCAAUCCUGGAAAGACGGUUCUUUAGUUGUGCCAACUAUGGGCGACCAAAUGCAUGUAAUUAUUUUCGUUGUAUCGACCCACCACUUGAAGAUCAUAUUAAGCGUCUUGUUCUUGGCCUACACAAGAGGAUCAGAGAGGAGGAUGAAUCACAACCCAUUUGUGAAUGAAAUCGUCAAAUGCUUUUUUAUUGCUAUUGGAGUUCUAUUGGCAAGGAGUGUGAUGUCUUGCCUGUUUGGGAGCAUGUAAUGAAGUGGGAAUCUGUUUGUGAACGUGUAAUGAAAUGGGCACAUGUAUGGUUAGUUCCAUAAUGGAACACGUAAUGAAGUGGGAACCUGAAAAUGUGCAUGUUGUUUAAGUUCAACUGUCUAUCUUCAUUACUAAGCAUGUUGUUGGAACCCUAG